GUUGGACCAAUAGCGUAGAGCUUGGCGUCAUGGGGAUUCCUUGAUACGGCCGCGUCGAAAAGGGAAGCCCGCAUCAAGCGGCGGCCGGACGGCGACGUCUCGCUGGCGGCUGCUGCUGCUGGAGUCUCUCGUGGUAUUCUCAACUGUUUGACUUCUCAGUCUCAUCUCCUCGAACCGUCCGCCUCGGAGCUCGGAAGCCCCCAAACCCAACCAAACCACCGUGCACGCGCGCGAUGGCUGUGGUGGAGGAAGAAGAGGGCUCGCCGCCGGCACCCGCCGCCGCCGCCGAUCCCGCCUCCUCUGGUUCAAGUGAUAAUGAGAUAACUGUAGAGGAAGCUUCUUUUGUGCAUACUGAACCUCCGCAAGAUGGCUCUGUCCCACCUGUGGUUUCCUCUAAUAUGGAGGUCCUUCAUGACAAAGUUAAAAAACAAGUCAUCAAAGAAGGCCAUGGCAAGAAACCAUCAAAGUUCGCGACGUGCUUUUUGCACUAUAGAGCUUGGGUUCAAGGCUCUCUGCAUAAAUUCGAGGAUACUUGGCAAGAACAGCAUCCCAUUGAACUAGUAAUUGGAAAAGAGAAAAAACAAAUGUCUGGUUUAGGCAUUGGUGUUGGUAACAUGAGAAGUGGGGAGCGUGCACUGUUGCAUGUUGGCUGGGAGCUAGGCUAUGGGAAAGAAGGGAGCUUUUCAUUCCCAAAUGUCCCUCCAAUGGCAGAUCUUUUAUAUGAAGUUGAACUUAUUGGGUUUGAUGAUGUCAAAGAGGGGAAAGCCCGAAGUGACAUGACAGUAGAGGAAAGGAUUGAAGCAGCGGACAGGAGGAAGAUUGAGGGCAAUGAGUAUUUCAAAGAAAAGAAGUUUGAGGAGGCCAUGCAGCAAUAUGAAAUGGCGAUUGCAUACAUGGGAGAUGACUUCAUGUUUCAAUUGUUCGGGAAAUACAGAGAUAUGGCCUUGGCUGUGAAAAAUCCAUGUCAUCUCAACAUGGCCGCAUGCCUAAUCAAACUGAAGAGAUUCGAUGAAGCUAUCGCACAGUGUAGUAUUGUGUUGGCAGAGGAUGAAAACAAUGUGAAAGCAUUGUUCAGACGAGGAAAAGCAAGAGCUGAACUUGGUCAGACAGAAUCAGCGAGGGAGGACUUCCUGAAAGCCAAGAAACAUUCCCCAGAAGACAAGGAGAUCCAGCGUGAGCUUCGGUCUCUCGCGGAACAGGAUAAAGCUCUGUACCAAAAACAGAAGGAGCUGUACAAAGGCCUCUUUGGUCCAAGGCCCGAACCCAAACCGAAGGCGUCAAAUUCCAUCGUUCGCUUCUGGCAGUGGCUCGUGUCCUUGAUUGGUUAUCUCAUAAAACUGUUCAAACCCAAGAAUGAAUGAAUAGGAACGGAUAGUGCAGAACUGACGAUUUGACGACCAAAACAUGGACUCAUUGUACUGUAGGCUGGGAAUUCUACUACAAGUAGUUGGGAGUGUUGAACUGCACGCAAUCGGUGUCAAAUUCUACAAUCUCUCGGCAUUUUUGUGCCUUCAGUCCUUCACUGCAUUGUGACUUGAGCUUUGGGAGCUAAAAGUUCAGACAUUUUUCCUAUGAACAAUACAUUGCCUUUAUGGUGUCAAUGAUUUGGUA